AUGGCCGAAGUGCUGCUGUCACAAAAGGCGCGCUUGCUGCCGGGGUGUGUGGCCGCUGCUGCCCGGGAAGAGCGAUGGCAGGAGGCACUCCUGCUGUUCGAGGAAGGUCGGAGGGGAGUCUUGCAGCCUGGCGUAGUCGGGUACUCUGCAGCCAUCGGCGCGUGUGCCAAAGGCAAGAACUGGGAAUUAGCUUUGGCCUACCUCUCGGCGCUGGUGCAAGCCGCCCUGGAGGCAAACGAAGUCUCCUACAACACCGCCAUCAGCGCUUGCGAGAAGGGAGCGCGCUGGGAGCAAGCUCUGGCGCUGUUCGCAGAAGCUCGCCAAUCGCAGAUGAGAAAGGAUACGAUCACCUUCAAUGCUGCUAUCAGUGCCUGCGAAAAGUGUGGGCAGUGGCAGCACGCGCUUGCCCUCCUGCGAGCACUUGCGGAGGCUCACCUGGAAAAGACGACCAUCGCCUUCAAUGCCGCACUCAGUGCCUGUGGGCGAGGCAGCGCCUGGCCUUGUGCGGUAGCGCUGCUGGCAGAGCUCCAGGCAAGUCAGGUGCAAGCUUCCGAAGCCACCCACACGGCGGCCAUCACCGCCUGCGAGCGCGGCGGAGAGUGGCAGCAGGCCCUAGCAGCCUUCGAGACUCUCCGGGGUGAGGCGCGGCUCCUUCCUGGAGCCGUGGUGUCCGCGGCUGCGCGGGCGGAGCACUGGGAGGCGGCCAUCCUCCUGCAGCGAAGCCGCAAGAAGGAUCGGGCAGGUUCGAGGAAGGAUUGGCUUCAGCCUUACAGCCGAACCUCAUCUCCUACACCGCGGCCAUUGGCGCCUGUGAAAAGGGCAAGCACUGGGAGCUCGCUGUUGCCUACCUCACUUCGCUUCAAGAUGCCACCUUUGAGGCGAACGAGAUCUCCUACAACGCCGCCAUCAGCGCUUGCGAGAAGGGCGAGCAGUGGCAGCAGGCCCUGGCAUUGUUUGCGGAGGCAUGGGUGGCGACUGUGCGCAAGGAUGUCAUCACCUUCAAUGCGACUUUGA